UCCAGCCCUAGACGGUUUCCUUCAUCCCUCCUCCAAGAUGGAGGCCUUAGGGGGCUACCCCGUCAAGUCCUCCGGGCCCAAAAUUAGGAAGUUGACGGUUCUGUUGAGCAUGACGGUCGGCGUGGGUUGCUUGUUCCUGCUGCAGCCGCUGAAGCCCCGAAAGCCGGUGGACUUUUAUUCUUUUGAGGUGAAAGACGCCAAAGGGAGGGCGGUCUCUCUGGAGAAGUACCGAGGGAAAGCUUCCCUGGUUGUCAACGUGGCUAGCCACAGCGAGCAGACGGAGGAGGCUUACGAGUCCCUCCAGGAGCUCCACAAGGAGCUGGGCACGUCUCACUUCAACGUCCUGGCCUUCCCUUGCGGACAGUUCGGCGACACCGAGACGGGAACUAGCAGUUCUAUCGAAGCGUUCGCUAAGUCCACCUACGGCGUAACUUUCCCAUUCUUCGGCAAGAUCAAAAUGAUGGGCUCCGAGGCAGAACCGGCCUUCAAAUUCCUCACAGAUUCUGUGCAGAAAAUUCCCAAAUGGAACUUUUGGAAGUUUCUCGUGAAUCCCGAGGGCAAAGUGGUGCGCUUCUGGCGAGCAGACGAGCCCAUGGAGAGUGUUCGCCAAGAAGUGGCCACGCUUGUGCGGGAGAUUAUCGUGAAAAAGCGUGCCGAGCUAUGACGGCGCCGUAUACUCCGAGGUGUUGAUUGGACGGACGCGCAGCCUGAACCUGUCGUGCGCCGUGACGACCAGGACCGGCAGGACUGAACUACAUUGAGUGUGGUUGGACCAUAACUCCAAACUUUUAGACAGUAGAAGCAAUGUACGGCUAGAAAGGAUGCACGGCUUUGUUGUGUGCGCGGCCAGUGGAUUGGAUGGGGAAAAAAAGUCAAUCGUGAGUUUUCCUCGACCACUGAUGGCUGUUCAGCCACUCAAGUGUUACAUUUACUGAUGGAUGUCCUGUGCUCUUCCUUGAAACAGCUCAAUUGAACGUUUUUUUUUUUUUUAAUCCAAAUUAAAUUCUACAUCGGUGGAACA